UCAAUUUUCCUUCUUCUCUCUCAAAUCACAACCAAAAACUCAUUUUCCCUCUCUUUUCUCUCCGAUCAAAAUGGCACGUACAAAACAAACCGCUCGCAAAUCCACUGGAGGAAAAGCACCAAGGAAACAACUAGCAACAAAAGCCGCACGGAAAUCUGCUCCGGCGACCGGAGGAGUGAAGAAACCUCACAGAUAUCGUCCAGGAACAGUUGCUUUAAGAGAGAUCAGAAAGUAUCAAAAGAGCACAGAGCUUCUCAUUUGGAAACUUCCAUUCCAAAGAUUGGUCAGAGAAAUCGCUCAGGAUUUCAAAACUGAUGUACGAUUCCAAAGUAGUGUUGUUUCUACUCUUCAAGAAUCUGAUGAAGCUUAUCUUGUUGGUUUGUUUGAAGAUACUAAUCUUUGUGUUAUUCAUGCUAAGAGAGUUACUAUUAUGCCUAAGGAUAUUCAACUUGCUCGUAGGAUUAGAAGCAGGGCUUAGAUUUGAUUUCUUAGGGUUUAUGUUCUCGAUUAGAUCUCUGUUAGGGUCCGGUUCUUGGUUAAAUUUCUGUUAGGGUUUGAAUCUUGACUAAUCAUUAUCUUGUAAGAAAUUUUCAAUCUACUUUAUAAU